AUGAACAACUCCGAGAUUCCAGUCUUUGAUCGCAGAUCAGUUCUUCCCACUCCAAGUAGCCUUUUCAAUACAGCUGAGGUGUGUAACAAAACACAAGAUAUAUGCGACAAUCAGCCUGGGCCAUCAGAUUCGACGCCUCUUAUAAGUUCAACUAGUACUUUACCGGAUUCUUUUUCUAAUCACUCUACCAAAUCAAGUCAUACAAUUGCAACUUACCACCGUGCUGCAUCCAGGAUGUUGGGUUCUCCCACCGAAUUCAACCCUGCCAAGAACAACAGUCAGGAGAAUAUUGCCUCGACUGUCAACAAAUCGAGUUCUGACGGCCCAGCCACUAAUCGAAGCCCUCUAGCAACAGUAGCGCCACCUGCAAUGAGCACUCCAUUGUUCACAUCUCCUGCGAGACAGCACCUGCUACACCGACGAGGUCUAACUUGUUUCGCUCUAGCACAGUCGGUCCCACCUUCGAAUCGUUUAGAUACAGAGCAGUCAGCAAUGCUCCUAGCACUCAAGAAGUUCAAUCUUCCGAGCCUCUAUUCACUAAUGCCUCACAUCAAACUCAAAGCGACACAGUUAAUGCGCCACCCCAGAAGCGAGUCAAGACUAGCCAUAAUAUCGUUGCUCAACUACCCGCCAAUGAGUUCACAAACAGACUCAAUUUGUUUCGCGGUCCUGAAGUUCUUGUCACCGCUGGUAUUCAGUUGGGGGUCAAAAGUUAUCUUACCUAAAGCAUUACUUGUUCAGGCUUCGCCAUACUUCCAGACUACCAUCGUAGUUGAAACAUUGGGUCAAAUCACACGAGAAACUCUCAAAAUCGAAUGCUCAACCUUAGCCUUUGAUUUUGUUGUUCAAUAUCUUUACACUGGUACUUUUGUUCGCCCGGAUAUUACAGGCUUAACAAAUCUUAUCGAAUUUUACGAGUUGGUGGAGAAACUUAGUCUUGAUAUCUCGGAUAUGAUCUUGGACAACAUCAAAGAGCUGCUUAUGAUAAGUCGUCUCUAUCUUCAAGCAGAACACAUUCGCAAAGUUGCCAGUUUUUCGAACGGACAAACACUACAAAUGUUGUUUGCUCGCUCAUGUAUCAAAGCCUACCUUCAGUCUGUCAACCCUACUUAUGUGCAAGCCCAGGAAUUCCGUCUUCAGAAAGAGCUCGACGUAUUAGAUGGAUUUGCGGCGGAUCUCAUGCGUGUGUAUCGAGAAGUGGCAGACAAACGUACACCUUGCAUAUUCGCCGAAUCGUGUGAUCUUCUUGAUGGCAAUAAGUUCUCUUAUUGA